GACCCUGCAUAGCUAGCAGGCCAGGCCAGCACUCCACUCUUGUCAUUCUCUCUCCUCGUCGUCUUCCUGUGCUCCCCCUGUGCGCUCCCAAGCACAGGUGAUCCCGCGCGCCUUCCCUCCUCAACUUUACCCUUCUUCCUCCCCUCUCCCGUUCCGCGCCCAGAUCCCGAGGCCCCGCGCCCCUCCCCCCAGUCGCCGCAGCCGCCGCCGCCGCGGAUUCGCGGCCCCCUGUCAGGUUUUGCUUUAUGCCAGUUCAUGUGUCCGUGGAUAAUGGACUAAUCACUGCCCUGUUUCUGUGAGUCACCAUGGGAAGCAGUGGAGCUGAUACACCAGCUAAGACAAGCAAGGCAUCUGCAGCUCAGGAGCAACAGACACCUGCCACUUCAGGCACUGCAACACCGGCUGUUUACCCAGACUGGUCCAGCUUUCAGGGGUAUCCUGCUAUCCCGCCACAUGGGUUCUUCCCCUCACCGGUGGCAUCAAGUCCACAGGGCCAUCCUUAUAUGUGGGGAGCUCAGCCUAUGAUACCACCAUAUGGGACCCCACCGCCGCCAUAUGUCAUGUACCCUCCUGGAGUAUAUGCUCACCCAUCUAUGCCCCCGGGUAUGCAUCCAUUUACUCCUUAUGCUAUGACUUCUCCAAAUGGAAAUGCUGAUGCUACUGGAACUGCUGCUGCUGGUGAAACAGAUGGCAAGCCCUCUGAAGGCAAAGAUAAAAGUCCCACAAAAAGAUCCAAAGGAAGUUUAGGUAGCUUGAACAUGCUUACUGGAAAGAAUCCCACUGAACAUGGUAAGACCUCAGGAGCAUCAGCUAAUGGAGCAGUGUCUCAAAGCGGUGAAAGUGGGAGUGAAAGUUCAAGCGAAGGAAGUGAAGCAAAUUCUCAGAAUGAUUCACAUCACAAGGAAAGUGGACACGAACAAGAUGGAGAUAUUCAAAGUUCCCAGAAUGGUGUAUCACGCUCGCCAUCUGAGGGAAAGUUGAACCAAACUAUGGCAAUCAUGCCAAUGCCAUCUAGUGGCCCAGUACCUGGUCCAACUACAAACUUGAAUAUAGGGAUGGACUAUUGGGCUAACAUGGCAAGCUCCACUCCAAUUCAUGGUAAAGCGACCCCAACAGUUCCAGGCACUGUAGUUCCAGGAGAGCAGUGGAUACAGGAUGAACGCGAACUCAAAAGGCAAAGAAGAAAGCAGUCCAACAGGGAGUCUGCUCGCAGAUCUAGGUUGCGUAAGCAGGCUGAAUGCGAGGAGUUGGCUCAACGUGCUGAAGUUUUAAAGCAGGAAAAUGCUUCACUUAGAGAUGAAGUGAACCGUAUCAGAAAAGAGUAUGAGGAACUCCUAUCAAAAAAUAACUUACUAAAGGGAAAACUUGGAGACAAGCAACACAAAACUGAUGAGGCAGGACUUGACAAGAAGCUGCAACAUUCUGGCAAUGACAGCCAGUAAAAAGGAAACUAAUUGAGCUAUCAUGCACUGCUCUCUGAGCAUAGCCCUAACUAGAAUAUUGGGAGGCGCAAUUGUAGUAUGCGUAUUAACUCCUUACUUUAUUGCAGCUAAUUGUUACCAGGUUGUGAUAAUGUUAAUGCUUGUGUGUGGGUCGUUCCUGUUUCAGAUAUGUCUUGGCUUAUCUUUUAGAAGUCAAGAUGCGACUGGAAAUGUAGGUUGUGACCCAGUUCACUGUAUCUGUUAGAAAUAGUGGAUAAACUCAAAUUUACAGAUCUGUAUUGCUGACUAGUAUUGUUAUGUAUACCUGGCAAAAGACCGGUUUCUUUUAAUUCAGCCAUGUUGAACAUU